AAAAAUAUUAGAAGAAACCCUUGUUUGGUUUGGAAUUGGAUCUCUCUCUUUCCCUCGCUCCCUCAUUUCUUUUCGUUAGGGUUUUUGCUUCACUUCUUCUUCUCUUUCCAUAUUUCAUUUAUCCCAUAUUGUUGGGACAAAAAGUCAAGCAAGGUUGUUAGUUUGUUUGCCAAUGGGGGAUGCAGAAAAUACACUUCCUCCUUCAAAGAAGAGAGCUGCUGGAAGAGAAAUUUCAAGAGACAACCCCGGGCUUGAUGAUGAUGAAGAUGUAGAGGAAGAGACUGGAACUUUCAAGAGGGCCAGUGAUCAGGUGCUGGCAGCCAGAAGAAUUGUGAAAGUUCGUCGCAACCAAACCUCAUCAACCCCAUCAUCCAAUCCAUUUGCUGGAAUUCGCUUGGUUCCUCCUACUGAAGCAACUGCAGCCCCUGCUGUGGCAAGAACUGAAGCAGUCACUACUGCUGAGAAAGUUUUCGAGGAGACGAAAAGUGAUGCUGGUAAAGAAACCAAAGAGGGUACAGAUGAGACUGUGAACCAGUUGGAGAGGAAGACUGAAGAGUGGGUGGCUGAAAUAGCUGAAAAUAAGGAGGUUGCUGAGGAUAAAGAGAAUAUUACUGUAGCUGAUGAAGCAACUGAAUCCAAGAUUGAUAAUGAAAUGCCUGCAGAAGAUGAUAACACUGAGAAUGAGGAAGUCAAGGGUGGUGAUUCGCAGAAUGACAAAACUGUUGGAAGUGAAGUGAAAGAGAAUGAGAAAACUGCGGGCGGUGAAGAGACGCAGGAUGAAAAGGCUGCAGAAGCUGAUAAGACUGAAGAGAAAAAGGUUAAUGGCAGUGAUAAUGCAGAUCCAAUUGCUGAAAGCACACAAUUGAGCUCAUUCCAACAGCUUUCUAGCAGCCAAAAUGCUUUUACAGGGCUUGCUGGAACUGGGUUUUCUACUAGUUCGUUCACCUUUGGUUCAGCUUCUAAGGAUGGGCCGAUAUUGGGUACCGGCACAGGUUCUUUAUUUGGGCAGAAAACUGACCAACCUUCAUUUGGUUUUGGUCUUUCUAAUAAUGGUAGCUCUUCAAUCUUUAAUACCACAGGGUCGUCUAUUGGUUCGAAGAAUGAGGGAACUGGUUUUCCAUCUAUGCAAGAAGUUUCAGUUGAGACAGGAGAAGAGAAUGAGAAAUUAGUGUUUUCUGCUGAUUCGGUAUUAUUUGAGUUUUUUAAUGGUGGCUGGAAGGAGCGGGGCAAGGGAGAGCUUAGGGUAAAUGUCUCUACCGCGGGAACAGAACGAGCCAGACUCCUUAUGAGAGCUAGAGGUAAUUACAGGUUAAUUCUAAAUGCAAGUCUUUACCCUGACAUGAAGCUUGCAAAUAUGGAUAAGCGAGGGGUCACUUUUGCAUGCAUGAAUAGCACUGGUGAAACUAAGGAUGGUCUUUCUACAUUUGCUCUUAAAUUCAAGGAUGCCUCCGUAGUAGAAGAGUUCCAAUCGGCUGUUGCAGCACAUAAAGAUAAAAUCGAUCAAGCUCUGAAGACUCCAGAGAAUUCACCGAAGGCUUCAGAUGAGUGAAAGGUGCGUUACACUGAUAUACGUAAAUCUAGUUUCUGGGCUCCCUUCUCCUGUUCUUUGCGGAAAAUGUAUCUUGUUUGGAGUCAUUCUUGAGCCCUCUGUAGCAGAGUCAUGCAAUCCUGUUCCUUUGUUUUGCUGUUUAACUUUAAUAUGCUCCUCAGGAUAAUGCUUUUACUUAAUGUUGAGUCAGUGGUGGGUUCAGUCUGCAUCAUUUGCAGCUCAUGAGACUUAAAAGAAUGUUUGACAAUUUUAUAGUCGCUCCCUCUAGUUAGGGAUACAUAUAUAAUAUUAAAUUGCAGAUGUUGCAUGCUGCUGUUAAUUAGUCA